AUGGCUUCUACACUUGAAAAACUUAAAACAGGCGCUUUAAUGGGCUCUUCCGUCGGUCUUUGUGGAACUCUUCAUCUUAUACGGUACGGACCAGGGCGACAAGGAGUUAUUCGUACGCUAAGCACGUCUAUGAUAUCAAGCGCAGCGACAUUUGGGUUUUUUAUGGCUAUUGGAACAGUUAUUCGUACAGAGACAUUGAAGAAAGAAGAAGAAAAGCAUUAA